UCAUCGACCUGGUGCUGAACCCAGAGCGGACAGACGGACUAAAACAUUCAAAUCAAAAGUGGAGUGUGGGCUCUGUUGGAAGGCCUGCAUGCAUGUCAACACAGGCAGGAAAACAGAGACAAGAUAAGUGUGAGAAGAAACAAAAGAAGAAGAGAAACAAGGAUAUUUUAAAAGUGGAAACCUAAAAAAACAACAGUCUGGACCGCAGUGAUGAUGGUGAUGAUUCUGAUAAUGCUAAUGAUUGUGAUGAUAAAGACGGCAGCAGCCUUGGUGCCCGGCUCUGAGAUGGACAUUAAACCUGGAGUUGACACCAGCUUGCCCAAUCAAACCGUGUCUUUCUGCUACCAGCCCUUCUGCUACCAGCUGAGCUGGGUCACACAGAUUCCCUCCAACAUCUCCAGAGACACCCAAUACAUGAUAGUUAAGGAGACACAGAUCAGAACGAUUCCCCAGGGCGCCCUCGACAGCCUGCAGCACCUCAGGAAACUCACCAUAUGGGAGAACAACAUGCUGGAGAUCAUUGAUGCAUUUGCCUUUGCCAGCCACCCGCGGCUCACCAGCAUUUUCAUCACUGAGAACGCUGCAUUGGAGAGAAUAGGAGCUUUUGCCUUCUCUGAUCUCCCUGAACUGGCUGAGAUAAUUAUAACAAAUUCCAAAAACCUGAGACACAUCCAUCCAGAUGCAUUCAAGAACAUCGUGAAACUGCAGUAUCUGACCAUCUCCAACACCGAGCUGAGAAUUUUCCCAGACUUCACCAAGAUCCAGUCCACGGCCCAAGGCUUUCUGCUUGACCUGGAAGAGAACAGCCACAUAGAGAGAGUCCCCGCCAAUGCUUUCAGAGGCCUCUGCACUCAAACCAUCGGCAAGAUACGGCUCACCAGAAAUGGCAUCAAGGAGGUGGCAAGUGACGCCUUCAACGGCACAAAGAUGCGCAGAUUGUUUCUAAGAGGCAACCAACAGCUUACUCACAUCAGUCCCAACGCCUUUGUGGGUUCCAGUGAGUUGGUGGUACUGGACGUUUCCCACACAGCCCUCAGCACCCUGCCGGACUACAUCCUCGGUGGUCUCCAGAAGCUGAUCGCAGAGUCCACCUUCCAUCUGAAGGAGCUACCUCCACUGCAGCUCUUCACCAAACUCCACCAGGCCAACCUGACGUACCCGUCGCACUGCUGCGCCUUCCAAAACAUCAAACGGAACAGAUCAGGGUGGAACUCCCUGUGCUCCCACCCCAAGGCUCAGGAUAUCCGUCACUUCUACAAGGACCACUGCUCCAACUCCACCUCCUUCACCUGCAGCCCGACCCCAGAUGACUUUAACCCCUGUGAGGACAUCAUGUCCCCCGUCCCCCUCCGGGUCCUCAUCUGGAUCAUCUCCAUCCUCGCGCUGCUGGGGAACGCAGCCGUACUUCUGGUCUUGUUAGGCAGCCGUUCCAAACUGACCGUGCCCCGUUUCCUCAUGUGCCACUUGGCCUUUUCUGACCUCUGUAUGGGCAUCUACCUGGUAGUCAUAGCAACUGUAGACAUGCUCACUCAUGGCCGGUACUACAACCACGCCUUAGACUGGCAGCUGGGCCUGGGCUGCAGAGCUGCGGGCUUCUUCACGGUGUUUGCCAGUGAGCUGUCAGUGUUCACGUUAACAGCCAUCGCUCUGGAGCGCUGGCACACCAUCACGCACGCUCUGCGGCUCGACCGUAAAAUUCGCCUGAGACACGCGUGUAUUGUCAUGACAGCAGGGUGGAUCUUCUCCUUCCUCGCCGCUUUGCUGCCCACAGUUGGGGUCAGCAGCUACGGCAAGGUGAGUAUCUGCCUGCCCAUGGACGUGGAGACUCUGGUGUCUCAGGUCUACGUGGUGUCUCUUCUCCUCCUCAACAUCCUGGCCUUCUUCUGCGUGUGCGUCUGUUACCUCAGCAUCUACCUGACAAUCCGCAACCCAGCAUCAGCGCCGGCCCACGCCGACACCCGCGUGGCCAAACGCAUGGCUGUCCUCAUCUUCACCGACUUCGUUUGCAUGGCUCCCAUCUCCUUCUUCGCCGUCUCGGCCGCCCUCAAGCUCCCUCUCAUCACCGUCUCGGACGCCAAACUGCUGCUGGUCCUCUUCUACCCGAUCAACUCCUGCUCCAACCCCUUCCUGUACGCCUUCUUCACCCGCACCUUCAGACGGGAUUUCUUUCUCCUUGCAGCUCGCUUCGGCCUCUUUAAGACCUGGGCGCAGAUUUAUCGGACAGAGAGUUCCUCCUGUCAGCAGCCGGCAUGGAUCUCUCCAAAGAGCAGCCUUGUGACGCUGUACUCCUUGGCCAAUACAUCAAGUCUAGAUGGGCAACAAGAGUGCUGACUGUAAUUCAAAAACAGAUAUAGACUUUUGGCUGCCUUAUUUCUUUCAGCAAAUGAUUAAAAUUCCUCAUAGAUCUGUUGGAGAUUUUGCUAAAAGGAGCAGUAUGAAAGAAUUUUGACUUAAAACAUUCAAAAAUUGAGUGAAAUUAUCAACAGAAUGUGAAAAAGUGACAGUCUGACUUUACGUCAAAGAUGUCUAGCAUGCUAGCCAGCUAGCACCAGCCCGUCCUGUCUUGUAAUACCACUUUGUACCUCAAGAGGGGAUAGUGAGUAACUGUAGUUUCCAGUCUGUUCUCUGUCCACUGGUUUUCUUGCCGGCUUUGGCUCCUGCCCCAGGCUUGAAAACCUCCUCCUCCCUCACUCCAAAUCUCUUGUGCUAGCGCUGUAAACAGCAACACUCCACCGCUGCCAGUCUGGGCAGAGUCAGCGAAUAGGACCGCUAGCUGCACGGCUAACUGAGCUAACUACCUAACAGCUACAGUUAGCAGCAGUUAGCGGUUACUCUGGUGAUAUGCUGCCCCCUAUUGGUUUGUAUGAUUGCAACAGGUGGUCAAUUCUUACAUAAUGCACCUUUAAGAGGCGCACUCGUUUUGAUGUGUGCAUGUCGUGGAGAUACUGAACAGGCUGCUGAAUCCUCAAAAUGAUGCUCUAACCCAUCAUUCAUAUGCUUUGGAUGACAUCAGAUUUUGUUAGUUUUCAUGUAUCUCCGACAUGUUGUCAUUAUCUUUGGACAUCAGCUGCUGACUCGUCAGGCCUGACCUCAGACCUGCAAUCCACGUGACCCGAGGUUAAACUCUGCUGUACAGUAUGUAUCAUGUGUAUAGAAAUCCAAGUAAAGAUAGCUGCAAAACAACUGCAGAUACUCUGACCAAAUCUAGGUCAGAUAGCUGUCCCAGAAAAGUCUUUGUGUUAGUUUUAACUUGAUUUGGACGCCAGAUGGGUGGAGUUUACUGUAUCAUAACAACUGAGUUCACAAGUAGAGGUAGGAAGAGUAGAAGAAGAACUGAUUUUUACUUUUGUGCAUCGUCUUAUGUAACAAAUGCCAUCCAUCUGGUGUCCCAAGAUAAUGAAACAAACUGAAGUACUCUGAAACAGUUUAAUAAAGAUUUGACACUCUGUAUAUCAGCACACGCACAUCAAGAACUCAACAUUCAUUUAACAUUCAACAGUGUGAUUGAAGGAUAAUCAUUAAGAAGCACCGCAGGGACCUACUGAUUAAUAAUCUUCUCAUACACUCUGUCUGCUGUAGCUCUGCAUGCCUCCACAUCCCUAUUGCCCUUCAGUCCCCCCGC